AUGUGCAUUUCAAAUGCAUGGAGUGUGAUCAUAGAGGGUGCCAUAACAUUUGAUGUAAAAUAUGAACGGUUGUUAGAAGAGCAAAAUUGGAAUAUUAAUGAGUUGAGAAUGGCAAUAAAUUCUCAUGCAAACGAUGCAAAACUUCAUAUUAUUGUUGAUGGUGUAAUGGCUCAUCAUGAUGAAAUUUUUAGGUUGAAUAGCAAUGUAAUUAAGCAGGAUUUUUUCCAUUUCUCAUCAAGCACUAGAAACACCUGCUGAAAAUGUUUCUUGUGGCUAGGUGGCUUUUGUUCAUCUGAGCUUUUAAAGUUAUUGUGUUUCCAAUUGGAGCCAUUGACAUAGCAACAAUUGGUGGGAAUUGGCUACAUACAGCAAUCCUCCCAGCAGGCUGAAGAUGCAUUAUCUCAAAGGAUGGAGGCAAUGUAGCAGUAUCUAGCUAAGACAUUGUACACUGGAUCUUUAGGUUCAUCAGGAUCAUUUGGGAAUGCGACAAACUACAUAGGUAAAAUGGCCAUGGUAAUGGGAAUGCUAGAGAUGCUUGAGGGAUUUAUUCAUUAGGCUGACAAUCUAAGGCAACAAAUGUUACAACAAAAGCAUCGGAUAUUGAUAACCCACCAAUCGGCUCAUGCAUUACUUGCAAUACAUGAUUUCUUCUCUAGAUUACGAGCUUUGAGUUUCCUCUGGCUUGCCCAACCAAGAGAGUGA